UCAAAAGUAAUCUCUCUCUCACCCACAGUCACGCUUAGACAAAAAAACCCGUCACUGGUAUUCAGACACUCACAUUAUCCCUUCCCUUCGGGCACAGCAAACGGCAAGCAUCCCAUGGCUCUCUCUAGCGGGCUUAUCUCCUCCACUUCCUCCUUCCUCUCCGCCGAAACGCCGUCGUUUCCCUCCGUUCCUUUUCCCGCCGCUCGGCCUUUCUACCUGCGCGUGUCGCGCACGCCCACCCUCGCCACCGCCUCGAAGCAGGCCUCCUCCACCAGCAAGGGCGAGCUCCGCGGCAUCAUGAAGCCCCGCAGAGUCUCCCCGGAGAUGCAGGCCCUCGUCGGCGCUCCCGAGAUUUCUCGCACCCAAGCCCUCAAGCUUAUCUGGGCCCACAUUAAGGAGAACAAUCUUCAGGAUCCUGAAAACAAGAGGAUCAUCAUUUGUGAUGAGAAGCUGAAGAAGAUUUUCAAGGGACGGGAUCGUGUUGGAUUUCUCGAAGUCGCAGGAUUAAUUACUCCCCACUUUCUUUGAUGGAGAAGUUGUGAGGAUAAUUAAUUUGAUUUGCGGAUCGUUCAUAUGCAGGGCUGUUUUUUUUGGGUUAAUGAUACUAGUAUAAAGUCAAAACUGCUAUUAGCCACAGUAUUUCUUACAGAACUAGCUUUGUAAGAGUUUUGUUUCAGAAUUCCCUAUUACGUAGUGAACGUUUCUUUGGCAAAUAUCAUUAAUGACUGCCCCUUCUUGCAUUCUC